AUGGACAGUUCGUCCAUUAUUACCCAGGUUACUCGAGAUGACGGGUUCCUUGAUACAUUUUCUACAUCGGAAAAGGGCACGACGGCGGUCGUCACCCCAAAUGGCAAGAAAACACGAAGUCGAAACCUUUUUGGUUCCAUCCUUUGUUGCUUUCGCAACACCAACAACAACAGCAACAACAAUAACUAUGCUCCUAUCAACUGUCAGCUGCAAGUGCCUCUGGAGAAUGGCAGUCCUAGGACAUCAGAUAAAUACUUGUUACCACCCGUCCGGCAGCAAGACAUCAAUAAGAAAUGUGUGGUGAUAGACCUUGAUGAGACUCUUGUACAUAGUUCUUUUAAGCCAAUCAACAAUGCUGAUUUUGUUGUUCCAGUCGAAAUUGAUGGCACAGUUCAUCAGGUUUAUGUAUUAAAGAGGCCACAUGUUGACGAGUUUUUGCAACACAUGGGGAAACAUUUUGAGUGUGUGCUUUUCACAGCAAGCCUUGCCAAGUAUGCAGAUCCUGUGGCAGAUUUAUUGGACAAAUGGAAUGUGUUCCGAUGUCGUCUAUUCAGGGAAUCUUGUGUCUUUCAUAGGGGAAAUUAUGUCAAAGACCUCAGUCGCCUUGGUCGGGAUUUAAAUAAAGUUGUCAUUAUAGACAAUUCACCUGCUUCUUACAUCUUCCAUCCAGAAAAUGCUGUGGCCGUGAGUUCAUGGUUUGAUGAAAUGAAUGACACAGAACUCUUGGACUUAAUCCCCUUUUUUGAGCGCCUUGAACAGGCAGACAGUGUGUACAACAUCUUGAGAACGUUUGCAGAAUCAGCAUCUUCCACCUCACCUUCCUAG